GCCCCGCGCCCCGCGGCUGAGCGGGUCCCGCCGGGGCUCCAUGGGCUGCACCGGCAGCGCCCUGCGCUGCUGCCCCGUCGGUGCCGAGAGACAGCUAAAAGCCCAGCAGCAGAGGGGACCGGCUUCCCAGGAGCUCUCAGCCUUGAAGACAGAGAAUGCCAGUGCCUCCCUGCUCCCUGAGGAUGGGGAGAAGGCAGCGCGGACAGAGGAGUGGACUGAGAGUGCAAGAUUCCUCCAAGGCCAGGAGGAGGAGGAGAAGCAGCUGCGGGAUGCUGGUCAGGCAGGCACUGCGAGCAUCUCCCAGGACAUUGAGAUCCAGGUGGAAAAGAGAAAAGAGCUGGAGCUGAAGGAACAGCUUGAUGCCCUGAGGAGAGAGCACACGGAAAUCCUGCAAGAGCUCCAGGGAGCACAUGAGCAGGAGAAGCUGCUGCUGACAGAGUCCCACCACAGGUCUGAGGCAGCUUUACAGGAGACAAUUCAGGCACUGAAUUCCCAGCUGAAAUCCUUCCAGGAGAGGAUGAAGCGGGUGGAGGAGUCACUCCAGAGAACAGACUACAAGAAGCACAUCCAGGAGCACGGGAGCCCCAGCCCCUUCUGGGAGCAGGAGCUGGAGAGCCUGCACUUCGUCAUCGAGAUGAAGAACGAGCACAUCCACGCCCUGGACAAGAAGCUGCUGCACCUGGAGACCGUGGAGGAGAGGAACCUUCUGCUGGAGGAGAAGGUGAAAACUCUCCAGCAGGAGAACGAGGACCUGCAAAUCCGCACCCAGAACCACUUGGUCAUGGCGAGGCAGCUGUCCGAGGAGCUCCAGGCCGCCCGCGGGGCGCUGGAGAAGGAGGCGCAGCUGCUGGAUCAGGCUCGCCGGGAGAAGGAGGAGCUGCUGUACCGUGUGCUCGACGCGGGGGACGGCACCCCCUUCGCCGUGGCCGCCGGAGAGGUGCCCCUCAUCGCCACGUAGCACCGACGG